GGGCCCAUUUAAAUCUUGGUAUACGCAUAGAAGGAUGCACCGUACAGUUCGUCUUGCUGCUUGCUACUACCGAUGGCUUCAAAACUGCUUUCCAUGAGAAGAUUCUCAAGACUUGUUAAAUCUCGAUGUCCUUCUGUGCCUUAUCCUUCGUCUUCGGUUCAGAGAUCGUGCGCUUUGCGUCCUGAAGCUUGUAUUAAUCUCCUUGUUAGCUCAAACACUGAUGUCUUUCCUUCGUCGGCCUCUUCCAGAAACUUUUGCUCUCGUCCGUUCAAUAUCGACGAAUCUCAAGGCCCUGCCACCAUUGAUUACCGUUCUCUUCUGCAGGAGGAAGAUUUUCAAAGUCUAGCUGAUUUAACAAUCCAUGACCUGCAAGAGAAACUUGAGGAAUAUGGUGAUGACAUCCAAAUUGAUGGGUUCGACAUAGACUAUGGGAGUGAUGUUUUAACUGUAAAGCUUGGGGCUUUGGGCACUUAUGUGUUGAACAAACAAACUCCAAAUAGACAAAUUUGGUUGUCUUCCCCAGUAAGUGGUCCAUCCAGGUAUGAUUGGGAUAAAGAUGUUCAAACUUGGGUUUAUAGGCGAACAGGAGCAAAAUUAUAUGAAGUACUUGAAAGUGAGUUGAAGCAACUAUGUGAUGAACCAAUCAGCCUUUCUUGAACUAGAAUAUCUAUGUUUACAGUUUUGGCUUCACUGUUUAUCUAUGUUUAGAUUUGGAUCCCUUGUUUCUUUUAACCAACAAAUGUAUUUGAAGUCUAGUCCGAGUCAGCAUAAUUUAUGAAUAAUUUAUUAAGGCUUCUUUGCCUAUAAUUUGUUUUGGCAAUUGGUUUGGAGGUCAGUAUCUCAAAAAGAUCAUAAUGCAACACUAUAAUCCAUGUAAUCUGUGGGGUUAUAUUUAAGUUAUUGCUUAUAUGGUUGUAGUGAAAUUCGUGUUUGAAAUAACUCUAGUAAUUGGAUCUUGUCAAUAAAUUUUUGUGUAUAUAUAUGUUAUUAUGUUAUACUUGUAUUAAACUACUUAUAUCUUUAA